GAGAGAGCAAGGCAAAGGGAUAUACGCGGCUUUGGAGGUGUGUGUCGGUCCCUAGAGCUAUACGAAGCCCUGUCACCGAGGGUGAGACAGCUGAUAAACAAGGCUGGCUUUGGUGAGUUCAUACGGACUCUUUCACCGGUUAGAAAUGACCAUGCUGUCUUGGUAGCACUUGCAGAGAGGUGGAGGGAUACCACCAAUACUUUCCACUUACCACUUGGGGAGAUGAUAGUGACGCCUACUGACUUUGCGACGAUUACCGACUUGAGGGUUGGAGGAGAGCCCAUCCCAUUUGACUCAGGCAUUCACAAUGACCCAAUAGCGCUGGAAUGGUUUUUGGGUGGAGUACCCAAGAUUGAGGAGGGGAUGGUGAUGUAUGAGCAAUUCAGUGGGUAUCUCAAGAAGAAGGUGAUGACCGAGCAGGAAGCAAAGCAGAUGGCCAGGGUGUACUUGCUGUACCUCUUUGGCGCUUCCUUGUACCCGAGCAGACGAAGUAAGGUGCACCUGUCAUACAUUCCAGUGUUGCGGGAUCUGCAGACAACCUCACGCUUUGACUUGGGUGGAGCAGCGCUUGGUGCAGCCUACGGCUUCUUAGGGGACUCGUCAAGGACUGAGCAGGGAGCUGCUGGUUAUUGGAGGAUCUGGGAGCUUUGGGCCUAUGAAGUGCUGUGGAUGUAUCCACCGAUGUGCAAGCAUCCCGACUUGAGCACUCUUUCCCGCGCACUAAUUUGGAGCAAGAAGAAUAUGGGGACAAAAGAGGGCAGAGGUGAUCUAAAUGCCUUUCGACUGUACCUAGAUGAGCUGAGAGUCUCGCAGAUCAACUGGAAUCCUUGGAGAAUAUCGGGGCAAGGGCCUGAGUACUUGACCAGGAGCAGGGUUGUAACAGCGAGCAGAGUGUUAUUGGAGUCGGCCUUUGGCUGGCAAUGGUACUUAGGUGAUUGAGUGACAAGGCAGUCACUUGGUUACACUGCGUUCCAGGUACCAGGGCCACGUCCACCACGAGCCUCACACACGGGAGAGUACACACUAGUCGAGCUGGAGAGGUUCACGUAGCCUGACACCGAUCUGAUACGCCACUUGCAUCGAGAAAUGGACUAUGCGACGUACCAGAGAGAGCAUUUGGCGGGGCCACUUGGAGUCCGGGCUUUUAGAGGGAUGCAGAGUCAGGCUCGUGGAGCCGCUGAAGAGAGGAAGGCUGCUGCUAAGAGACAGGUUGGUGGCGAGGGCCGCGUGAGAAAGAGCUUGAGUGGUCCAGUGAAAGGUGGGCCACCUAAAUUGCUGUGGAAAGUGCGAGUGAUUGAUACGCAAGGGAACCCGACUGAGGUGCACCUUGUUCCUACCAGAGUUGAGCUUGCACCAGUUACUAUUCCGGUAAGACAUUGUAGCUUCCAUUAUUGCAUUUUAAUAGAAUUGAAUUAUCAUUGAAUUGUUUUGAUAACUCAUAAUCACUUUCGCAGGUGCCAACUGAGUGGGUGAACGAAGCCAUCCGACGCAUGCUGGCAAUGGAGAACAUAAUCAGAAAGGCGGCAAGUGGGAUACCACUAGAGUUGGACUAUCCAGCACCGACUCCACCACUGGCCGUGUACAGGCCUCAGGAAAAAAGAUAGGCGGCUCCUAGGAGAAAAAGUACACGGCCUCCGCCACAGCAGCAAAUGGUGACAAGAACUACUGCACCUCUAGUCACCACGAGGCCACAAACAAAAGGCUCGCAGCCAGUAGCGGCAAGCCCAAAGGUAGCAAGGGAGGCUAUGGCACGUGCAGAGAGGCAGUACCAAAUCAAGAUGCACGAAAAGCCAACUCAAGAUGAGCCAGUCCGCAAGAAGCGACCAAUCCUAUCGAAGGUCUCCGAAGAAGAAGAAGAUGAAGAGGAGGAAAGCGAGGAAGAAGAGGAGAAGCGUUCAUCGACCAGCAGCGGCUCUGAUGACUCUAUUGAUGAUCCUACAUACAAGAGGGAUCCGAGAGAGAUAGAUGAUGAUGACGAUGGGGAGGACAUCGAUUGGCUCGGGGAAAACUGAGGAUGACCAUUGAGCCUUAUUUACAUUUCUGCAUUUGAUUUUUGCUUUCGGGCUUGCAUGCCCAAGUAGAUAGAUGGCUGGAAGGCAUGCCUUAGUUAACUUGAUACUAAUUUUUGGAGGCCUGCGUGCCUUUUGAUUUGGUAGGCAGAUGUGCCCUAAUUGACAUGAUGGUUUCUUGACUGGCCAAAGUGCCGCACACGCAGUAGCUUUCUUCAUUUUGACAUGGAUAGAU